AUGGAUUACACCAACUGCACAAACUUGUUCUUCGUUUUGAUCAUAUCAUGUUUUCUUUUUUCAGAUGUUGUUGUUACUGCCACAGACACCAUCACAUCAUCUCAGUUCAUCAAGGAUAAUGAGACUAUAACCUCCACUGGUGGCAACUACGCCUUUGGGUUCUUCACCCCUCAAAAUUCCACAAAACGUUAUGUGGGGAUUUGGUGGCAACCCAAAUUCACUGUCAUAUGGGUGGCUAACAGAAACCAACCACUGAAUGAUUCUUCUGGAGUUGUUACCAUAUCUAAAGAUGGCGAUCUUGAGGUGUGGAAUGGUCAGAAUCAUGUAAUUUGGUCAACAAAUGUGUACAGUGUCGGAUCCAACACUACUUCUAAACUCUUGGAUUCUGGGAACCUUGUGCUUCAGGAAAGCUCAUCAGGAAGAACUAUAUGGGAGAGUUUCCACCAUCCUACAAAUGUUUUGUUACCCAAUAUGAAGAUUUCAACUAACAAAGUAACAGGAGAGAAAGUAAAACUAACAUCAUGGAAAAGCCCUUCUGAUCCAUCCACUGGUAGCUUUUCUUUAAGUGUUGAACGCCUUAGUAUACCUGAAGUGUUCGUCUGGAAUGAAACUCGUCAAUUAUGGCGAACUGGUCCAUUGAAUAGUAAGAUCUUUACAGGGCUGCCCUAUAUGAAAACGUAUUAUCUGGAAGGCGGACAUGUUGGAGAUGACGGGGAAGGAAAUGUUGAAUUCCAUUACAAGGGAGUACAAGAGAUUGGCUUCCUAAUCCAUAUUCUGAAUUCAACGGGCAAUUAUGAAGAGAGAUUGUGGAAUGGAGAGAGGAAAGAAUGGGUUGUCACAUGGAAUAGCCAUCAAUUUGAGUGUGAUGUUUAUGGUGUAUGUGGACCUUUUGCAGUUUGUAAUUCUGAAAGCUCACCAACAUGUAGCUGUUUGAAAGGGUUUGAACCCCGAAACAAAGAAGAAUGGAAUAGACAAAACUGGACUAGUGGAUGUUUCAGGAGAACACCUCUGCACUGUGAAAGAGCCAGCAUCCAAAACAAAAGUGCAGAACAUACAGAAGAUGUAUUUUUUGAAAUUAAGAUGGUCAAAGUUCCAGAUUUUGCUGAUGGCUCAUCGCUCAGACUUCAACCAGACACUUGCAGAAGCCGUUGUUUGGAAAAUUGUUCAUGCAUUGCAUACUCAUAUGAUGCUGAUAUUGGUUGCAUGUCUUGGACUGAGAAUCUAAUUGACAUAACACAAUUCUCAAACGGAGGACUUGAUCUACAUGUUCGAGUAGCCUACACAGAACUUGAGAAAGAGAGAAACAGGACAAUCAUAAUUGUUGUUACAGUGACAGCAGGAACUACCUUAAUUCUCAUUGGUGCAUAUAUCAUGUGGAAAAGGAUUUCUACUGGCCACGAGAUCAUCAAAAGAUUCCUUCCGUUUAAUGGAGAUGAAGCACCUGCAGAAUAUAUAAAUGACAAUGCAUUUGGUGAUCUGCCACAGGUCGAACUCCAGGAAACAUUUAGUUUUGAAAACCUAGUAACUGCCACAAACAAAUUUCACCCAUCGAACAAACUAGGAGAGGGUGGUUUUGGUCCGGUAUACAAGGGGCAAUUGCAAGAUGGCAGAGAAAUUGCAGUUAAAAGACUUUCUAGAGCAUCUGGACAAGGUCAAGAAGAAUUCAUGAAUGAAGUGGUGGUCAUUUCCAAGCUUCAACACCGUAAUCUUGUAAGACUUUUUGGCUGCUGUAUUGAAGGUGACGAAAAGAUGUUGAUCUAUGAAUACUUGCCAAAUAAAAGCUUGGACAGAUAUAUCUUUGAUCCAUCAAAAGAUAAGGUUCUUUGUUGGAGAAAACGCUUUAGCAUAAUAGAAGGAGUUGCUCGAGGAAUGCUUUAUCUUCAUAGAGAUUCCAGGCUAAAAAUCAUCCACAGGGACUUAAAGGCAAGUAAUAUCUUACUAGACGUGGAACUAAAUCCAAAAAUAUCUGACUUCGGUAUGGCUAGAAUCUUUGGUGGGAAUGAGGAUGAGGCAAAUACUAAAAGAAUUGUUGGAACAUAUGGCUAUAUGUCUCCUGAGUAUGCAAUGCAAGGAUCGUUCUCUGAAAAAUCAGACGUCUUUAGUUUUGGGGUUUUGCUACUUGAGAUUGUUAGUGGAAGACGAAAUUCAAGCUUUUAUGAUGAAGAAAACUGUCUUACCCUUUUAGGAUUUGCCUGGAUACAGUGGACAGAAGACAACAUUCCCUCUCUAAUAGAUCCAGGAAUAUAUGAUCCUAGCCUUCAUAAAUAUUUUUAUACGUGCAUACACAUAGGACUUCUAUGUGUCCAAGAAUUUCCAGCAGAUAGGCCUACUAUGGCUACUGUAAUUUCUAUGCUAGACAGUGAGAUUUCGGAUCGUCCUCCUCCAAUGAAACCUGCAUUCAUCCUGAGGGAAAAUAUGUUAAGCUCACUUCCCUAUGUAAGAGGAAAUGACUUGAACUCCCUCAACACUGUCAGUAUUUCGGACAUACAAGGCAGAUAGAAAACCAAGAGCUCUCAGAAAGGUGUAUGGAAGCAAAAUGGAGAUUAUGUUAGUACUAAAAACAGAGUUGAAAAUAGUAAUACUGUAGGCAUAUCUGUUUUUUGUAGAAAGGUAUGCAUUGCUAGGGCUAUUUAGAGAGAAGUUUUCAGUAUAGAAGUUUGGCUAUUUAGAAAUAGUGUAGGAAAAAAAAUUAUGUAUUACCACAAAUGUACAAAUGUUUAUCAUUUUCUUUAAACUCAUGUACCAUACCUUUGUUUACAUAUGUAUUCAUUGAUCACCAACAAAUGAAA